AAUGUCGACUGAAAGCAUGACGAGUCAAGCAAGGUCUAGAGUCUGGGAAUAUUGUGAUUCAUCAUCAAUCCACGGUCUUAGUUAUCUUACACCAAAGAGAAGUGCAUUGACUCGCUCAGUUUGGUUCAUCCUAAUUCUUCUUGGAUUUGGAGCUGCUUAUUACAUUCUAAGUGUAUUUGCCAAAGAAUGGUAUGGGGACCCUAUAGUUAUAGAGAGUAAUACAUUGCUAACCGAUGAUGUUCCUCUUCCUGCUGUGAUUCUGUGCCCUCCAAAUACUAAUACAAAGUUUGAUGCAGCUCUUGAAUAUGUAGAGUUUACCUCGGAUGAAUGGUCUAAAGAGAAAGCCAGGAUAGAGAACCAAAUAGUGACUGAUAUGUUUACAACUGCAACCCAGUUUGCAGACACUAUAACAGACAAAAUGAAAUUAACAGCAGACAUUCUUCAAAAAGUUUACAGAAAUGAGUUCCAGUUGCCACUGCCAAAUAUCAAUAUGUUUCCUACAUCUCGGUUUGAGCCGAACAAGUUCUACCUCAGAAAUGAAGGAAUCUUGAUGUAUUCUAACGACAACGCACUUUCCCAACUAACCUGCUGGUAUCGACCUGGCACCAAAUGGGUCUUUAGUAGGGAUUCCACUCAGUACACAGGAGUACAAGAUACUGGUUCAGAUUUUUCUGGGAUAUCUGCUCGAUACUUUUUAUCCAACUCAUCAUUCAAGGAUCUUAUUUUAUAAUCUAUCAAAAAAUCUGUUUUUAUAUAAUGAAGUUUAAUGUUAUUUAAAAACCUGUAUUUAGACAUAUCCUUUUACUUCAACCUUGACUCUGAAUGGAUCAGUUGGGCUUUGGGAAGAUGCACUUGUAACUUCUAACUCUGGUUUAAACUGUGAACCAGAAAAGGGCACCAACUCUACCCUUGUUCUUCACUGGAUCACGAAGCCUGCCUUAACCUCCCCGAUCCCUGAAACAUGUGAAUCCACAGAUAAUCCAGUUUUCUGUUUAAUUCACAACAUACUAGAGGGCUGUCAACCGGAUAUAUCCAGUUGUGUGACGAGGCUUACAGAGUUUUGGAAAGAAAAAUUUCUU